GUCGGCUGGCGCCUGCUCCCCAACAUCAACUUCCCUGGCGCACUCACCGAAAUAUACUAUUUACUUACCUCUGGAACCCACACUGAAAGUUUUAAGUUCUGGCCCUGCCGUUCUAGUUCCUGGACGCCUAACUUCUAGUGCCGCGUUGACAUCCGGAUGGCCGAUAAAUACCCGUCGAGACGUUUCUAUUAAACCCAAUCUCAUCCUACGCCCACUUCCACUACUGCUACCUACAUUCAUCAUCCCAUUUCUCAACGUUCCCGACGCAAUGGCCGCCGAGAGUGAGAAACGUAAGCGACCUGAAAAUGGUUCUGCUGCCAGUAGCAAAAAGGAUUCCAUAGAGGAUGGUUCUAAAAAGAAACGAAAGCUGUGGCGUGUUCCAAAGGACAAUCGUGGCAACGUUUCCCACUCGCGCUCUACCAUUGAACCGGGAGACGCUGGUAUCUGGGCAACCUGUACUAUGGACAAAGAAGUGAAAAGCCAGCACGAACUUCUGGACCUGUUCGAAGAGUACGCUGAAAUUCUAUACGGAACAAAAACGGGCUCAUCAAAGGAGGGACCCGUGGUGUCCGAUCAAGAAAACGCUAAGGAUGGGGCUCCUGUUGACAUUGAGGCCGAAAUCAACGAGGAACUGGCUGGAAUGAAAACAAAGAAGCAUGACUCGAUGUUUACAAUAGUGAAAACGGGAAUUCAGUGUGUGAUAUUCAUCAAAACGAAGCCUCCGAUUGACCCCGUGAUCCUUGUUCACAGGGUCUGCAAAGAUGCAUUCAACCAGGAAAGGGAUAAGAGAGUCAGAUUUGUCAAGCGACUUGUUCCAAUAACGAAAUUCGCGAAGGCGUACGAACCUGACUUGGUAAGCCUGGCAGAGGACGUUCUACGGCCACACUUCGGGGAAGGCACGGAAUCAAAGAAGUUCGCCAUCCAACCGAGUAUUCGGAACAAUGCAGGACGAGAGUUGAAUCGGGCCAAUAUCAUCCGCCUGGUAGCCGAUGCUGUGGAGACUAUGGGCUCGCAUAAGGUUGAUCUCACAGGCUUCGACUUGCUUAUUCUAGUGGAGGUCUACAAGAACGUGGUUGGGAUGAGUGUCGUGACAAGCGACUUCCGCCGCUUCAAGCGAUUCAAUCUGGACGAGCUAUAUAACCCCACGGAGUUGGAAAAGGCCAGGUCGAAGGUGGAAUGAAUUGGGGUCAGUACAUCACUAAAGAUACGUCGAUGGUGGGAGACCGCUUAUGAAUAGCGUUGGCUUCGCGGGCUAUCCCGAUUCAAUGUUUGAUUAAUAAUUGAAGGGCCAAAUGACUUGAUCAAAUCAGACACCUAUGUGAUACUGUGUAAAG